AUGCCCGAUCAUUCCACGGCAUAUAUUGGCACAGCUUUUGUGGCUGGUGUCUGCUUGGCUCUCACAUAUAAUGAAUUGUCCAGAUCAAAGCACGAUGAGAAUGAGACAGAGCAACCACGACCAAAUGACCUAGUGGCCCGACCUGGACCUCCGACUAUCGUCGAAGGCAUUGAAGGAUGUAUUGGAAACACCCCUCUUUUCCGUAUCAAGUCAUUAUCAGAUGAGACAGGAUGUGAAAUCUUGGGCAAGGCGGAGUUUUUGAACGGCGCCGGACAAAGCUCCAAAGACCGAGUUGCAUUAAGCAUGAUUGAAAUUGCCGAAGAACAAGGAAUCCUGACGCCCCAUGCAGGCGACACCAUCUACGAAGGAACAUCAGGAUCAACCGGAAUCUCACUAGCAACUCUAGCCCGUGCAAAAGGCUAUCUAGCACACAUCUGCAUGCCCUCGGACCAGGCAAUUGAAAAGUCAAACCUGCUCCUAAAACUAGGCGCAAUCGUCGACAGGGUCCCCCCAGCCCCGAUUGUCGAGAAAGACAACUUCGUCAAUCGCGCCCGAGCACUAGCAAAGACGCACACGGCGUCAUCUGGCCUCUCUUCAUCCCCAUCUCCAUGCACAACACCGGCAGCAGCAGCAGAGGAGAAAGCCUUACUCCUGGAACCAGACUCGAGUAUGAUGCGCGGACGAGGAUUUUUUGCCGACCAGUUCGAAAACGAAGCUAAUUGGCGUGCUCACUACGAAGGCACAGGACCAGAACUAUACGCUCAAUGCGGAGGCCGGAUUGACGCGUUCGUCGCCGGCGCCGGGACUGGCGGAACGAUUUCAGGCGUGGCGAGGUUCCUGAAGCCUCUCUUGCCUAAGCUUACUGUUGUGCUUGCUGAUCCGCAGGGAAGUGGGCUUUUUAAUCGGGUUGUUUAUGGUGUCAUGUUUGACCUGAAGGAGCGGGAGGGAACGAGGCGGAGACGGCAGGUUGAUACUAUUGUUGAGGGGAUUGGGAUUAAUCGUGUUACUGCGAACUUUGAGGCUGGGAAGGAGCUUGUUGAUGAUGCGGUUAGGGUUACUGAUGCGCAGGCGUUGGCUAUGGCGCGUUGGCUUGUUGAGAAGGAUGGCAUUUUCAUUGGGAGUAGUAGUGCGGUAAAUUGUAUUGCUGCUGUCAAGACUGCUAGGAAAUUGGGACCGGGCCAUAGGAUUGUUACGGUGCUUUCCGAUUCUGGCUCGCGGCAUUUGUCUCGGUUCUGGGCUAAGGCUGGUGAUGUUGGCGGGGCUGUUGAUACGAAGCUCGAGGACGUUAUGAAUGCAAGAGAUGAGGAUUUCGAAUAG